GCGAACAUCAUGGUGAGGAUACCACCAGUCACAGGCCCGAAGAUGAUGGUGCUGGUGCACUUGUCCCAGCAGGCGAACAUCCAGGCGAACAUCAUGGUGAGGAUACCGCCAGUCACAGGUCAACAUAUGCUAGACAUUGAGGGCCGAAUGGACAUGGUGAAGCCAGAAGGUGAAGAGCAGCAGAAGCUUCGGGAUGGCCGCGAAGAGACAAGAUCACUGAAGAAGAAGCGGGCAGGGGAGAAAGAUCCGCUAGAGAGAGAGGUCCGACCGCGACUCACAGAAGGGCACUAUUUGCACCUUCUCCGUUGUGCUGAAGAGCACGAAAGCCUGCUGCGAGAUUCAGAGCAGCUCAAGGCUGUGCUGCCGGAAUUGGCAAAUGCCAAGCGUACAAUUUCAGUUCUCGAGAGCGCUCUCGAGAAACUACGUGCAGAGCAUGGUGCAGUCGAAGCACCUUCUCAGCACAAGGGUCAGAAAGAGGACGCACAGUGGAAAGGUCCUGCUUCGGCCAAGGAGUGUACUUCCCGGACCAGCCGUGGAAAGCAUCCGGCACAACCGGCAAAGCCCACACUGCCGAGGAGCGCCUUAGUGUCCUUGACGGGCCAUCCGCCCAGCUCCGAGAAGGUGUCAAAGCAGAAGCACGAGGACGAGGCUCGAAAUCCUACAGACUACAGCAAGGACAAGGAGACGACGGACAUCGCACAGCUAGCGGCACAGGGUAAGCACCUCACCCUAGGCACUGCUGCCAUCCUGGAGCGCAUGCAGCAGUUGCAACGAGGGGAAGUUCCGGGAGAGUGGAAUAUGCAGAAUGUGCUGCAAUCCACCAAGAAUGCUGCAGCAGCUGCGAUGGAAGCAGCCCAUCAACUGGGCAGCUGCUUUCAAGAGGCCAACGGCUCGGCCCGAAGGCCCGAUUUGUCGGCCAUUCCAACAUCUUGGCAAAGGCAACAAAGGCGCCGUCUGAGCCAGAGCAGCACGCCCAAGUCGACAACAUCCGGCCCCAAUUCGGACGAGCUGUCGGUGGAAAAGCUUCUUCUUGAUCAGUGCCACAAGCCAAAAGUCACCUUGUAUCACAUGCGGGAGAGGGUGCCUGCCAUGGAGAAAGCUGGCAAGGAAGAGGACCUGGCCCGAUUCAAGAAUCACUUGGCGGCCCUUCAUGCGGCAGAGGCUCUUCGGCCUUCAUCCGUCGGCAAACUCGAGGAUGACCACAUUGGCCAGCAUCUUCUCACACUUCAACCCUUCUGGCCAGGCCCGCUGCCAUUGGUUACUUGCAAGGGACUGGUGCAAAGAAGGUGUGAGAGAUUGACGGCAGGCACGAAUAAGAACAUUGCUCGUUGCUUUGAGGUUCUGUGGCCCAAGUUGUCCGAAAACCUCUUCAAUGCAGAAGAGGCCCGAGUGGCAACCCUGGCAAUGAGUCAGGAGGACAAGGUCACAUUUGCACACGACAUUGUUGUGUCUUACUGUCUGCCGGAGAUGAUGCAAAACGAUGAUGUGGCUGGCCUGCAAGAGCUAAGCGAGACAAUGCUGCAGAAGUCUGCGGAUGAGCCCGAGUUGAUGAAAAUUGAGAAGGCAAAGCUCAUGGUGCAAACGGUCCGAGCAGUGGGUGCUUUGGUGCAGAGCCUGCCGGUGAGAGAUGAUCAGCUGGAGGCAUGGACCAAACGGAAGCACAAUCCAGUGCUGUCCAUUGCAGCCACCUCCAAGGUGGCGAAGCUCCUUCAGAGCGCCGCCUGGAGGAAAAGGUUGGACCGAUUCUGGUUGGGCGCGAGUACCCAGGUGCUGCAUGAGCCCGUGGUCCGAGACUGCUUGGAAGCUUUGAAGGGCGGUGAUGAAGAGAAGCUGGAUGCAGCCUGGGCCGACUUACAAGCCAAUUGGGGGGCCUGGUCUCGAGAGUUGAACACUGAGACUCUGGCUUUUUUGGCUGAGGCAGUCCAAAAGCAUUUGGCAAUCGAUUUGCAGAAGCUUCAUUCAAGGCUGCUGCAUGCAGAAGAGUCUGACCCGGAAGACACUGCAGAUGCAAGGGCAGCAGAGCUGGUCCGAGUCUUCAACCUUCGAGAGGGCUGGGCCAGGAAAGUCGCGAUCCUGGGUCAGAGCUUUUCUCUAGAAAGAGAGAACUUCCAGUCUACCAUCGACAAGCUCAAUGUGCGACUGAGAAGUCGCAAAGCACUGGCUUGGCUCGAUGCUGCACUGGACCCAGGAAAAGAACUUUCGCCGGAAGAUGUGGAGUCUGCUACAGCGGCACUUUGCCACGUGGGUAUUGCCGGCAAAAGCACCGAGGCCCGAGCCUGGUUGGACCGACUGGUCAAUGAUCCGGCUCUGGGAAUUGCAACGUGCGAGCUGGCAAUUGCGGUGGUGAAAGCUAUGAUGAUUCCACAGGAUUCAGAGCAGCUGCCGAGGCUUUCAAAGACUCUGACAGGGUUGAAGAUUGAACACCAUGUGUCGUCCGGGCCCGGUCAUGACAUCGAAAGCCUCAGUGCCCUGAUCAAGUCUUGGGAUGACUUGCAAGUGGCAUCAUAUAAAGAUCUCGAGGAGGCAGUUGCCCAGGCCCGAGUUUGUCUGCAGACGAGCAGCCAUGAUGCAUUCCGCGUGCAGCUGCAAAGUUCAUUCCAGGCCUUCUCGGACCUGAAGCUUCAUGCAGGAGGGACCGAGAGCGGCGGAAACUGGAAGGCUGAUUUGCCCAGCGGCCCGAGCGGCCCGAUGUGGGAUGCGCUGUGCACACUUGCAAGGCAGACAGUGCUCAGGGACCGACUCCAACCAUUCCACAAGGUCUUGGACAAGCACUUUGCUUCAGUCCAGAAGUCCUUCGCCGAGCUGCAGGAGGCACUGUCGUGGCCAGAUCUGCCGGCUGAGGCCCAGGAGGCCCGAGAUCUUCUUGCUCAGGGGCCUGAGGUUUUCCAGCUCGCACGGAUCACCGGGACCGAGGUCUAUUUCAUGGAGACCAUUCUCUUGGUCCGAUCCGACAGGCAGAGGGCCCGAUUGAAGAAGCGGCUCGACUCGCUGAAGGAGUUUGAUGUGCCUGUGAAGCAGGUGCAUCCUUUGAUUUCGCAGAAGGUCAAUGAAAUCCUAGGCGAGGAGUAA